AUGUUCCAUCAGCUUACAGAUCAAACCAUUAACGGCAGCUGUCUGGCAGCCACCUCAGCGUGCAACAAGAGCUCUGAUGGGGACGCGCUGCAGCUGCCAACCUUCUCCACCGCGGCUAAAGUCAGAGUCAUCAUCACCUUCACGCUGUGCGCCGUGUCAGCUGUCUGCAACUUGGUUGUGCUGUGGGCUGCCAGCAACGGCGGCAAGCGCAAAUCUCACGUAAGGAUCCUCAUCAUGAACCUGACAGUGGCGGACCUGCUGGUGACUUUCAUCGUGAUGCCUGUGGACGCAGUGUGGAACAUCACAGUGCAGUGGCAAGCAGGGGAUGUCGCCUGCAGGCUGCUUAUGUUCCUGAAGCUUGUGGCGAUGUACUCGUGCGCUUUUGUGACCGUGGUCAUUAGCUUGGAUAGACAGUCAGCCAUCCUCAACCCUCUGGGAAUCAGCGAGGCCAAACGGAAGAGCAAAAUCAUGUUGACUGUGGCCUGGACCAUGAGCGUCAUCCUCUCGCUCCCUCAGAUGUUUAUAUUCCACAACGUGACCAUCACAGUUCCAGAGAACUUCACCCAGUGCACCACCCAUGGCAGUUUUGUCCAGCACUGGCAGGAGACCCUUUACAACAUGUUUACCUUUGUCUGCCUCUUCCUCCUGCCUCUGGUCAUCAUGAUCUUUUGUUACACGCGAAUUCUUAUUGAGAUAUCAAGCCGCAUGGCCCGCAACAACCUGGUGUCGAGAGAUGUUCACCUGCGUCGCUCCCACAACAACAUCCCCAAAGCUCGAAUGAGGACUCUUAAGAUGAGCAUCGUCAUCGUUACAUCAUUCAUCAUCUGCUGGACCCCGUACUAUCUGCUGGGCCUGUGGUAUUGGUUGUUUCCUGAAAAAAUGGAGGAGACUGUCUCUCAUUCACUGACUCACAUGCUGUUCAUCUUUGGCCUCUUCAACGCCUGUCUGGACCCCAUCACGUAUGGUCUGUUCACUAUCCACCUCCACCAGGGUUUGAAGAGAUGCUGUCGAAAUUCGAACACACGAACUACAUUGGAAAACAACACGUGCCUUCUGCACAUGACCCGUCUGUCGUCCCGCAGGCAGACUGCCUCAGGUGGCCAUAAUCCAGACAGAGAGGAGGGGGAUGACAGCAACAGCAGGAAAAGGUGCUUGAAGCCAAUCAUUCCUAUAAGCAGGAUGUAACUGCUUUCAGCAUCAUAAGAAAGAAAACCUGCUGCUGCCAAUCAGCGUUGAGCUCAGUUUCUCUCUGGAGAUAAGAACAAGCUUGAUGACUGAGCUUUGAAAUGCUGAAGCUCAACAAAAAUUCAAUGUUCCUUUGCCAGUAGGAUCCGUUCAUUUUUGUUUCACUGAUGUAAGUGACACUGCAUUAUUGCUCAGACACGGUUUAUUUAUCCCUUCGUCUGCCACUCGUCUUGGAUACCACUGAUCAGAUUUUUUCGUGUCCCACAUGAUAUCAGUGGGCUUAAAUAGACUUUGAAUGACAGAUUAUUUAACAGUUACAUUCUGUGGUUUACUCACAACAAACACAACUGCCAGAUUUUAGUGGAUCUGAUUAUAUUCUCUGUUAUUUCAUGUGUUAAAUAAACCACAGGAACAGAAAUGUGCACAAGUAACUGAAGAUAAUCAAACAGAUUUGAACAACGAGAGAAAAA